CGCGCACCAGAAAGAAAGUGGAAAAUCGUUUUUCCGUCACAUUUCACUUGUCAAUGGCGUAGGAGCCCGUCCGAAGUAGCUAGAUGUAGAAAUGAAGUUGAAAUAUUGUUGAAGCGUUCGGGCUUUAACCUUCUCUGAUACGGGUUCUGUUUUAUUACGAGUAAGCGCGUAGUGUUUAUGGUGUUUUGUGCUUCGAUUUGUCGUAUGGGACACAAACGUUCCACGGGGGUUUGAGUUCGUUUACAUUUCCCCUCCCCUAACCGAUAGUGCGUGAUGCAGAUGCAUUUGCAAGUGAAAGUAGUGAGUGUGUGUUAACAUUCCAAAGAAAGUUUGCUGCAGCCGGGCAGAAGAAAGAAGGCAGAACGGCGGCCGAAUUUGCGACUGUUCACACUUAAUGCGCUUAACCUUCCGUCCCUUCUCGAACACUCGUGGCGUAAUGCUGGACUUUAGCUUUACGCUUUUCCUUUCUGUUCUGCUCGGCCUCGGGUUCAUCUGGCUCGCCGGGCGCUUCUUUCUGAAGGAGGAUGUCGUGUACAUACCGGACAACUGCCGACGGCAUGCGUGGAAAUCGGUGAAGCUGCUGUCGCGGGCCUGCGUAUGCUCCGUGUGCGAUACGUCGAUGUCCUCGAACGGGCACUUUUGUGAGAGCUGCGGCGUCUGUUCGGACAAUGGAUGCGUCCGGAAGGCGGACGAAAAGUUCCCCUGCAAACAGCUUCGCAUUCGCACCCGGGCAGAUGAUGGGUCCACCAGUCGACACCUGUGGGUGAAGGGCAACCUUCCGCUCGGGGCGGAGUGUAGCGUGUGCGGCGAGGACAUUGAUCAAACGAGCGAGCUGGGAUUGUUCGGACAACGGUGCGCCUGGUGCCAGCGGAUGGCACACGAUAAGUGCUUCAGUGAGGUGUCCACGACCCUGUGCGACUUUGGCCCAUUUAAGGAGAUGAUCUUCCCACCCAAGUGUAUCCUAGCGUCGCGGAGUAAGGUGGCACCGAAAGUGCACCUCACCGGCAUCAUUCCACCGGAGUGGAAAGCCAAAUGGCGGCCGUUGAUUGUCGUCGCUAACUCAAAAUCCGGAAGCAGUGGUGCCGACCAGGUUGUUGCCUUAAUGCGGGGCAUUUUGCAUCCCUUGCAAGUGUUCGAGCUGGGCCAGCAUGGACCCCAUGAAGCCCUCCAGUGGGCCAUCCAUGCCGCACCGACACGCUGCCGUAUUUUAGUGGCUGGUGGUGAUGGAACCGUCGGCUGGGUGUUGAAUACGAUCCUGCAGAUGAAGGUGGAGCCGCACCCGGAGGUGGCCAUCCUCCCCAUGGGCACCGGAAACGAUCUAUCUCGCGUGCUUGGCUGGGGCGCCGAAGGUCCGGACGAGUUCGAUCCGAUCGACUACCUGACGCGCAUUGCCAGCGCCGAAACGGUGCAACUCGAUCGAUGGCUGGCGGCCAUUACAACCCACUCCUCGCUGGCACGCUUCCACAUGCCCGGUUUCAAGCCGGGACGACAUUUUUACGUGUACAAUUAUUUGAGCGUCGGCGUUGAUGCCCUGGUGACGUUGAAUUUCCACAAAGCAAGAGAAAGUUCCUUCUAUCUGUACAGUAGUCGUUUUGUGAAUAAGCUACUCUACCUGUGCUUCGGAACCCAGCAAGUGGUCCAACAGGAUUGCGUGGAACUAGAGAAAAACCUUGAACUCUACCUCGAUGGCGAACGAAUCGAGUUACCUCAGCUGCAGUCCGUCGUUGUGUUGAACAUUGAUUCAUGGGGUGCCGGUGUCAAACUGUGGGAAAUGAGUAAAAACUCCCCGACGCAUAGCAUCAUGAAGGAAAUUCACAGUAUUUCCGAUGGCAUUUUGGAAGUGUUUGGUGUGGUUUCAUCAUUUCAUAUCGCCCAGCUGCAGGUGGGCCUUAGCAAACCGGUCCGGUUGGGGCAGGCGAAAAGUGUACGGAUCGUGCUAAAACGAACCCUCCCGAUGCAAGCGGACGGGGAACCGUGGAUGCAGUCGCCCUGUGAUAUCAACAUUCAGCACUACGGCCAGGCGACGAUGUUGAAAAAUGUCAAAAAGUGAGCAAUGAAAAGCCAGCCACUGCUCCGAUGUGAGUCGAAAAUGUUUGAGCAAAACGAGGUAUCUGAUAUUUCACGUUCAAGUGAGAUGUUCCCGCUAUUCAACUGUGGACUGCAUCACGUGUUCGGUUCCACGUUGGGGCUCGUCUUUGUUAGUAUCACCGCAGCGAAUUGCGGAUUUGCCAAACAAAAGUCCUUACCUUCCUACUUAUGCUUUUAUGUGUCAUUGAACAUUUUCGGGUUGCAACCGAUUUUACCGGGUUACUACUAUUAGAACAAACGUUAAAUGGCGUGUUUGCGAGUGUGUUGCAUGAAAAAUCUUUUGUUUCUAUCGUGCAUACCGAUUGAAGUAUAUUUAUAGCGUAAGCCACCAAUCCACCUUAGGCGAAAUAACUUAAACCACAGAUGUAAUCGAUAUAACCACUCUCUAGUACUGGUGUAUUCUCACCGUUCAAGUGAAUUUUUACCCACAUACUCUAUCGCUAAUGUUGAUCUCAAGAAGAACGUCACUUUUACACCGAAUCAUCAAGCAAACUGCAAUCUCUCCCAAUCUGUUAAAACUAAUGUUACACUCGGUUCUAGAUAGAUGUAUUUAAACUUUUUAAAAUCAGCUUCCACAAAGAAGAAUCAGUCAGCUUCAACAAACGAGAAGCGCGAUUAUUGCUGCCCUUUCUGUUCGGCGAUGUUUAGAUUAUCUCCUGAUAACACUCAUCGUGUACAUCGGAAGCGUUAAAUCGUUGAAUAUUUUAUUGGAAAAGAAAAACACCCACAGUAGAGAAAAAAGCAGGCAUCGGAUCCAACGUCUAGUACGGGUUGCGGUAAACGGAAAGGGACAAAAUAAAUGCGUACAUUUUCUUCAAAAUAGUUUGAUUGUCCGAACAAACAAUGCUACCAAUCAAAACUAAGUACUGUACGCAUGAUAACUGCUCGAAGGAAAAAGAGGGAAGAACGUUGUAUA